CUCGUUUACAUCUGCGCCAUCUAGACAUUGACCACCACCGACGACAGACGACAGACACAAUGGACUCCCUCGUCGCCAAGCUCCAGCCCCAGUCCCUGCACACACACAACGACGGCGAGGCCUCAUCGCACGCCGACGCGGCGGCGUGGGGCAGCAUGGCUGGGUUCGGUAACCUCGACCGCAGCGGCGCCGUUGAGAGCAUGGCCGUGCCCGGCGUUCCCGACCCCCUCGCCUUCCUCUCCCUCCACACCGACUCGAUGUCGUCCAACCCCCAGGCCAAGAUCAAGCUGGCCCACGGCACGACGACCCUCGCGUUCCGCUUCAAGGGCGGCAUCAUUGUUGCCGUCGACUCGCGCGCAACAGCAGGCUCGUACAUUGCCUCGGGAACAGUCAAGAAGGUCAUCGAGAUCAACCCCUACCUCCUUGGUACCAUGGCCGGUGGUGCCGCCGACUGCCAGUACUGGGAGACCUACCUCGGCAUGCAGUGCCGCCUCCACGAGCUCCGUAACAAGGAGCGCAUCUCGGUCGCCGCCGCGUCCAAGAUCCUCUCCAACAUUGUCUACCAGUACAAGGGCAUGGGCUUGAGCAUGGGAACAAUGAUCUGCGGCUGGGACAAGACUGGCCCCGCCCUCUUCUACGUCGACUCGGACGGACAGCGCUUGAAGGGCGACCUCUUCUCGGUCGGCUCGGGUAGCACGUACGCGUACGGUGUCCUCGACCAGGGCUACCACUGGGACCUGUCGGACGAGGACGCGCAGGAGCUCGGCCGCCGGUCGAUCACUGCGGCUGGUCACCGCGACGCCUACUCGGGUAACUCGAUCAACCUGUACCACGUGCGGGAGAACGGCUGGGAGUUCAUCGACAACUACGACCUCAGCGAGCAGUACUACAAGUACGACGCGGAGAAGAAGGAGAAGGCGGCCGCGGCUGCUGCUGCUGCAUCUGGUGGCUCCCCGAUUGCUGUCGAGUAGACUGGUGUAUGCAUAGUACUGGAAGACAUGUAGACGAGAUAUGCAGUGUGUGGUAGAG